AUGGGGCCUCGCUCGCGGUCUGGACAGAGGGUGGUGCCCAGUGACUGCCUGACGUCCAUCUUCAGCCUCUUCCUGGCGCUGCCUCUCGCCCAAGCAGCACUCUUCUCUCCCACUCCCUCGCCAAACCUCGAUCUCGGUCCGCUAGGCCGCAUAGCUCUCGUGGGCAACUUCGAUGCUGCUUCUCUCUACUCCUACAAACCAGCCAAUGAUGAAGGUCACGCCGGAUUCAAUGGCUCGCUCGCCCAGUCCCUCAUCGCACCCCUUCCAGACGGCUCUCUCUUCCCCAUUUCUUCCGCCGACGCCGAUAUCCUGGCCAUGUGUCCGCUGCUAGGCAAGGAUGGCUCCGUUACCAGUGUCGUUGUAGGUGGUAAUUUCACCAGCCUUGGAGGAGUCGAGUCAAACGGUAUCGCAAUUCUCGACUAUAACAACAUACAUAUAUCUGCCGUCCCUGGCAUCUCUGGAUCAGUCAAUGCGCUUUACUGUGACAGCGGAUCAAACACCGUGUAUGUCGGAGGAGAGUUCAGGAAGGGAGGAGACUCUGCCAAUGCGGUAACAUGGUCGCCCAAGUCCGGCCUAUCGAACCUCCCAUUCAGCGGAUUCAACGGGCCCGUCUCGUCGAUUGUCCCCUCAAAGGACGGCCGAAUCGUAUUUGGUGGCUCGUUUGAUGGCCUGGGAAACACGACAAGCCCUGACCGGAAGGAUCAACAGAUAGUCAACCUCUACACUGCAGAAAUCACAUCCGGCUCAGGUUCGACUGCUGGCGGCUUCGACAACCCCCGAAACGUCAUCUGUCCCGCUGAAGGCCAAUCUGGAGCAGGGAAGACGUGGUUGCUCACCGACAACGCACCGGGUUACUGGCGUGCAAAGAUGAACUUUGGAUUCAGACCUACGAAACUCCGAAUUCGAAACGCUUUAAUGGACGGACGAGGAACAAAAACAUUUAGAUUCACCGCAUUGCCAGAUGGCGGAAUUCUGAACAUGACUUAUAUCGAUCCGGAAAGCGGCAAGAAGAUUCCAUGUGAUGCAAAAUGUCCUCUCUCAAACGAUCCAGCAAUGGCCACUCGAGACUUUCAUUUCGUCAAUAAUGUCGGCAUGAGUUCGUUCCAAUUGGACAUUUCAGAAUGGUACGGACAAGGCGCUGGACUCACUGGUGUUGAGUUGUUCCAAGAUGAUAUUUAUGCAUAUGCUGUCGACGAACUCAACGAGCCUACUUGCGCCAGCAUUCCCUAUGCAUCCAAGGCUACCCGGACCGGAAACUGGAAUGUUCAACCCUCACAGCAAAGCUCGUCAGACUAUCUAUCCUCUAAAAUCGACACAGCUAGCGAUACGACCACGUCCGUCACGAUACAGCCAGACAUUAAGCAAUCCGGAAACUACUCGGUCACCAUCUUCACUCCAGGCUGUGUUCAAGACGGCACCUGUGCCACCCGUGGAGUCGCUAAUGUAACAGCAACUUUCAAGUCAUCCAAAGACGAACCUAUCCAGGCAUCCAUAUAUCAAACCAACAAUUUCGACAAGUUUGACCAAAUAUACGUCGGCCCUGUCGACGCUAGUGGUGGCAAGUUUCGACCAUCCGUCACAAUCUCCGCCCACCGCGAUCAGGGCGUGAUCGAUUUUGUUGCAUCUCGAGUUCGGUUCCAGUUGAUCUCAUCUACAGGCGGUUUGAACGGGCUCUACGAAUUCGAUCCAAAUGCAAAGACUGUCGAUACCAACUUCACUCAGUCUGCAAUCAACAGGGCCGGAAUUGAGCUUGAGCCAGACGCCGUCGUGAACUCCCUGGUAUGGGACAAGGAUACUCUCUUCAUCGCAGGUAACUUUACAAACUCGUCUACCAGCAACAUCGUAUCGCUCUUGGAUGGAAAGGCCUCCCCCUUGGCGCAAGACGGACUGGACUUCGCUGUCAAGUCGAUGCAACUAUUAGACGGUCUACUCUACGUUGGUGGGAACUUUUCAAACACCGCCAAAGGUGAAAAUAAUAAACUGUCAGGCGUUGGAGCAUACUCUAUAUCCGACAAGAGCUGGAUCCCCCUCGGCGCAGGAGUUAACGGACCUGUGACUUCUCUCGUCCGGUUCCCUGUCAAUAUCACUUCAGAAAAAACCGAAACAACGAUCGCUGUGAACGGAUUAUUUACCGAGAUUAACGCCGUCGAUGGCCGCCCUGCUAUUAUGGCCAACGGGUUUGCCGUCUGGGUUCCAUCGAAGAAGAAGUGGCUCCAGGAACUUAACAUCAACCGCAUGGCAUAUGUUGGACAACUCACUACCUCCGUCGAAAUAGACAAAGAUACCCUUCUUGCUGGCAACCUCGCUUCUGGUGGAAUUGCUUCACAUGGCGCCGUCAACCUGGUCGACAACAAUAGGCUUGGCCUUCGCGCGUUGCCCGUCAAUAUCGACCUUGGCCAACCGCAGGCACCAGCUCGAAACUCGAAACGUGCCGCCGCAACAGGCGAGGUUAAUCGUGGCGUCCUCACCGGGCUAUUUGACAUGGAAUCAGGCCGCAAUCUCACCAUGCUAGCUGGCCAUUUCACCGCAAAGACAUCCGAUAACUCAACCGUCAAUAACCUGGUUUUCCUAAAUGGUGCAGAAAAUGAUGUUGUGACUGGCCCUGGUCCUGGGAUUGAUGAAAAAUCAACUUUCAUGACCCUCGCAGUCUACAAAAACCUCCUCUUGGCUGGUGGAAAAGUAACUGGGCGAGUUGAGAAUUCCAACGUGAACGGGCUGGUCGUAUACGACCUCGGAAAUAACCACAAGUACUCAUCAAGUCAGCCUUCCGCGCUAGAUGGUGACAAUGUAGAGGUCCGCACUAUCGCUCCUCGACCAGGUACCAGCGACAUUUACGUUGGUGGAAUGUUCCAAUCCGCCGGCUCCUUGCCAUGUCCAUCAGUCUGCACCCUCCGAAUUGACAGCAACCAGUGGAGUCGUCCCGGUACAUCUCUACGCGGUGACGUCUCUGUUCUCCAAUGGGCAACUAACGACAAGCUACUUGUCGCUGGAAAUCUUACCGUUGAGCGUAACGAAACGAUGCUCGCCGGCUACGAUGCAAAGGAACAGAAAUGGUCAACCAUUACCGGCAAAAACUCCGAAAGCGUCAGUGGAGAAGUCAGGGCGCUUGGUCUUGCAAGAAGCGAUGGCUCACGGUUCUGGAUCGCUGGUAAAUCUAGCACUGGCACAACCUUCCUUGUUCUUUAUGACGGCGCCGAGUUCAAACCUGUUGGCCAUCUGUUCGGUGACAGUACCAUAAUCGAGGGUCUCCAGGUCCUUCCCUUGACAAAAACCCACGAGAAGUCAGAUUUCCUUGACGACAACCAAGUUCUCCUAAUCACUGGCAAGCUCCAACUGCCUAGUUUUGGAUUUGUGUCAGGAGCCCUCUUCAACGGAACCACCCUUGAACCGUUCAUUCUCUCUAGCAUGUCCGAUGGUAGACCAGGGAGCAUAUCAGGAAUAUUCUCGGAAAAUAAAAUCGACGUCGCUGGUCAUCGCGGACAAAAACCCAGAGGCAUUGUCGUCCUCAUCUCCUUCUGCAUCGCCCUAGGCUGUGUCUUCUUCCUCGUCCUCUUCGGUGUUCUCCUCAACCGUUACCGCCGCCAUAAACAAGGCUACAUCACUGCUCCACAGGGCACAGAUCGGAAACCAGAUCUCAGCCGAGUUCCUCCCGAAUACCUCCUGGAGUCUCUCCGGCACCGAACACCCGGUACACGUAUCUAA